CUGCAGCUCCACAUCCUGUCCGGCGGCUCGGUGCUACGUCACCACAUUCGCCGCCUGUGAUGUGACGCGUUGGAGGAGCGUGAACGAGAAACAGGCACAAAAUGAGGGAAGCGGCGCUCCUGCUCACUCCGUGCGUGUUGGCGUGUCUCCUCGUGAGCUUCAGCCAGGCGGCCAGACAGGGACAGGACAUCAGGUGUGGAGCCUGCAGGGCUCUCGUAGAUGAGAUGGAGUGGGCCAUCUCUCAGGUAGACCCCAAGAAGAUGAUCCAGACCGGCUCCUUCAGGAUCAAUCCGGACGGCAGCCAGUCCAUCAGAGAGGUCCCUCUGGCACGCUCGGAGGGAAACCUCCUGGAUCUGAUGGAGAGUGUGUGUGAGAACAUGGCGGACUACGGUGAGCACACAGAUCCUGCCACAAACAGGAAGUCCUACAUCAGGAUCAAGUCUCGAAGUGGCGAGGCCAUGGACCUGUCAGAGGCCACGCUGGACUCCAGAGUUACUUCUAGUUUGAAGUUUGCAUGUGAAACAAUUGUCGAACAGAACGAAGAUGAAAUCAUUGAGUUUUUCUCUCACGAAACGGACAAUGUCAAAGACAAACUUUGCAGCAAGAGGACAGACCUCUGUGACCACGCUCUAAAGAUGUCCCAUGACGAGCUUUGAUACGAUCUCUUCAUAGCUGCCGUCUCUCAGCUGAAAUGGAGACUUUAGGUGCUGUAAUGUUUUUGAUCGUCACCUGUCUGAAUCAGGCCAGUGCUGCAAGAUGUGUACAAAUCCUUGUUUCCACCUGGAAAAAUAAUGUUUCUGUGAUCUCUAAAAAUGAAGGACCACUUUGCUAAAAGCCGAUCUUAUUUAGUCUGUUUCUUAGGUUACUGGUUUACACACAUGCCGUCUCACCUUCAGACACUCUUUACUGGGUAAAAAUCAAACUGUGAAAUUGCACAGAUGAAGUUAAACUUCUUUGUUGAUGCAGGACUUCUUACACAAUAUUAAGUGAGAUUAAAAGAUCCGGUGAAUUUGUUCGAAGUGGUCCUUCAUGCACAAUAAAACUGUUCUAAAGUAAGAAUAACAUGUCUUAAUAGCAGAUAGUCUUCUUUUAUUCACAGUGAAUCGACAUCAGAACUGCCUGCUCGCUGAGGAAACAUCAUUCGAUAUCAGAUGAGUCUUUCAGCUACAGCUUUAGACGAGUUUGAAUGAUUUGCAGUAUUUAUUGAACCACCCACGAUCACAGGAGUGAAAAUGCUAGUUCCAUUCAUGUCUGUGUUUUGCUGAAUAUUAUUCAGUAAAAUUGAUAAUUUAAAGGAGAAGUCAGAUAUGUAGAUACUUUAAUGCUGUACAGAUGAGCCUUCAUCCCUGAUCACAUGCUCCUGAUAUUUUUUGGUUAUUUAACAAUUGAUCUUCAUCCAGCCUCAACAGAAACUUGUCCAUGUUAUGCUGCAAAAAUAAUGUUUUUUUUAAACUUCGUCCAAUAGAUUAAAUGUUGCGUCCAAUUUGUUGUACUUAUCUUGGAUUUAAAUACAGUAUUUCUGAAUUUAUGACAAAUGUGUCGCCAGAGAAAGAAUCAUGUCCGUUACAGCUGUUGCUUCAGUCAGUCUGAUGGUCGUGAGUGCUGAAACGAGGGAUUUUUGAAGUAAGACUUUGUAGCUUCAAGUAAUCUAAACAAAAAUCCUCUAAGAACUCCCAAGUGUUUCAUUUUUGUUUGUUUGUGUUUGUGGCCUUUCUUAAAAACACUACUAAAGACAGCCACAGCCACUUUGUAUUUUGGUUGUUACUGAGUAAAUUAAAAUAUAAGCGUGAGAAGUAAAGAAAGUCCGGUUUUAUUGACAGUGAAGACUUCAUGAACUCUGGUGUAACAGUGAUAGGCCUGACUGUGCUGUAUUGUUGAUGUGGGAACGUCAACAAAUGUGUUUCUCAUGUUAUUCAUGGAAAAAAAAAAAGAAUUGACUGUCAUGUAAACUUUUUCUUGAAAUUUUUUGAUA